UGUGGCGCGCGGAGGGGAAAUGGCUGCCGAAAACAAGCCGGAAGGACUGAAGAAAAUUCGUAAUCCGGAUCGAAUGUACAGAUCAGCUGUGUGUUAUUCCGGCCAUGCUCCUCCUAAGGGUGUCAGUGAUGACACCGAGAUGAACAAUGAACAUGGACAUUUGAAAAUAUACCUACCCAAAAAGCUGCUUGAAUGUCUACCAAAAUGCUCGUCGUUGCCAAAGGAGAGACACCGGUGGAACACGAAUGAGGAAAUUGCAGCCUACCUGAUAACAUUCGAAAAGCAUGACGAAUGGUUAACAACGUCCCCUAAAACAAGGCCACAGAAUGGGUCGAUGAUACUGUACAACCGGAAAAAGGUGAAGUACAGAAAGGACGGCUACUGCUGGAAGAAGAGGAAAGAUGGCAAGACGACGCGGGAGGAUCACAUGAAGCUGAAAGUUCAGGGUGUUGAGUGUCUAUAUGGCUGUUACGUUCACUCCUCCAUCAUCCCCACCUUCCACCGCAGGUGCUACUGGCUGCUGCAGAACCCAGACAUUGUGUUAGUGCACUACUUGAAUGUACCGGCUAUAGAGGACUGUGGGAAACCAUGCGGACCCAUCCUGUGCUCCAUCAACACAGACAAAAAAGAGUGGGCCAAGUGGACGAAGGAGGAACUCGUCGGACAGCUCAAACCCAUGUUUCAUGGCAUCAAGUGGACCUGCAGCAAUGGGAACAGCAGCUCGGGUUUCUCAGUGGAGCAGCUUGUGCAGCAGAUAUUGGACAGCCACCAGACCAAGCCUCCUCCUCGGACACACAACUGCCUCUGCACGGGCACGCUGGGCGCCGGGAGCAGUGUGCACCACAAGUGUAACAGUGCCAAACAUCGUAUCAUCUCUCCUAAAGUCGACCCCCGCACCGGCUACAGCAGCGGCCAUUCUGAGCUGCAGAAUAAUGAUGUUUCAGAGGGCAAAACAGAACACAACCACGGUGGGGCCAAAAUGGGCACGUCGGCCACAGGAGGGGGAACAGGACGGGAAAAGCGCAAUGGAAAAGUUCACAAGCCGGUACUGCUACACCAGAACAGCACAGAGGUCUCUUCUACUAACCAGGUGGAAGUCCCGGACACCACACAGAGCUCGCCUGUGUCCAUCAGCAGCGGGCUGAAUUCUGACCCGGAUAUGGCCGACAGCCCUGCUGUAACAGGCAUGAGUCAAAUGGCAUCUGUUAUGAGCAGCCUGUCACAGAGUGUCUUCAUGUCAGAGGUAGCAGGAGAUCCUGUGUACAGCAUGUCUCCCACUGGAGGAGCCAAUGCUCAUAUUAUGGGCCCCGAUGCCACCUCCCAUGGUCUGGUGCUUGCUGUGAACUCUGACAGCCACAAGUUUGCCUACCCUGGCAGCGCAGGACCAGAGGCGGGCACGCCAGGUGCCACAGAUGGACUCGCCAUGCUAUCCGCAGCUGGAGUUUCAGAUGAACUCGUUCUCUCCAGCAGUCUAGACUCGAGCAGCAUCAAGCUACCAGAGACAGCCAUCAACUUUGACCCAGACUGCUUCCUGAAUAACCCGAAGCAGGGCCAAACAUAUGGGGGCAGUGGGCUGAAGCAGGAGAAUGGCACCUCAUGUGCAUCCUCUGUGCCCAGCACGAAUGGCCUGCAGCACUCUCCGCCCAUGUCCAACUCAAGCUUUGCUUUUAGCUCUGACCUCAUCAAGAACAUCAAGACUGAAGACACUUCCUUUGAACAGCAGCUAGCUAAUGAAAGUGGCUACCAGGUUGGGGCAGUAGUAAGCUGUAGUGUAUCCAAUGGUUCAGGAACUCAGAACUCGCUCACACUGACCCCCGCAGGCUCACUGCUGUCCUCUGGAGGGGGGCUAAGUCCCAGCACCACCCUGGAGCAGAUGGAUUUUAGUGCUAUUGACUCAAAGCCCAACUUUUCCUCUAGUACGUCAGUGGGUUAUGAGCAGGCAAUAAGCAAUGCCCAUCUGACCCACCAAAGCCACUCCCCCAGGUUCUUCCUCCAGGAGGCACCACAGACAGGCCAGAACCAGCAGGGUAGGCAGAAUUCAAGCCAGAAGAGCCACCUGCUUGAGCACAACUCCCAUGACCGAGCCUAUAUGGGCUUACAGGUUGUCAAAACAGAUUCAACUGGCACCAAUGGCCACCUACACCACCACCACCACAACCACCAGCACAGCCAGCACAGACCCAACUGCAAUGGAAACUCAACCACAGAGAACCCAGGACAAAACAACUCUCUCCAGCUGCUGCAGUAUUCAGGGGGUUUCUCCAGCUUGGGCCAAGACCAUGAGGAUAUGGUGGGUCAUAAUCAAAAUGGGAAUACAAGUUCUAGUCAGGCUGGUACUGCUGAGGCCAGGGCAGAGAGUUUACUCAAGGCCGGGGAUCACCUGCAGGCUUGUGCACGGGGUAAUGUACAGGGCGGAGCUUCAGAGCACUAUAUGCAGCCAUCCUCCGAGAACAGAACAGGGGGUGAAGCUCUCAGAAAUGGGAAUACAAAUGACGGCACCAAUGGAAAUAGUCAGCAACAGUUGCAGCCUCUUCUUCAGGGGGCUGGACUGGUACAGGGCCUUUACAACCAUCAGGCUUUGAGCGGAACUGGAGCUACUAGCACUGGAGGCACAAGUAUGGAAAUCAGUCUGGAUCACUUUGACAUAUCCUUUGGCAACCAAUUCUCAGACCUUAUUAAUGACUUUAUCUCAGUCGAUGGGGGAGUCACAGCUGUGGGAUCUGGUGGGGCACUUUAUGCCCACCAGCUGGUGGCGCCACCUGGCUCGGAUGGGCAGGUGGCCUCAGGAGGCAACCAGCAGCAGGGUCAGGAGGACGGAACCAACAGUGCUGCAGGCUAUAGUGGCUCUGAGCUCUGCCUCCAGCCCUGCUGCAGUCCCCAGGGUCUAGGUGGAGGAAGUGCUGGUGCAGGAGCAUCAGGUGAUACAGGCUCACUGUCCUACAUGCAUGUAGCUGAUGUUGUGUCAGCAGCAGUGGCCCAGGGCACACUAAAUAUGCUGCAGGCCACGGGCAGGCUCUUCAUGGUGACUGACUACUCCCCAGAGUGGUCCUACCCAGAGGGUGGGGUGAAGGUUUUGAUUACAGGACCAUGGCAGGAGGCCAGCAACCAGUACAGCUGUCUGUUUGAUCAGAUCUCUGUUCCUGCCUCCCUCAUUCAGCCUGGAGUCCUGCGCUGUUACUGUCCAGCUCAUGACACAGGCCUGGUGACUCUGCAGGUGGUUGUCAGUAAUCAGAUCAUCUCCAACUCUGUGGUGUUUGAGUACAAGGCCCGUGCUCUGCCCUCGCUGCCUUCAUCCCAGCACGACUGGCUCUCUCUGGACGAUAACCAGUUCAGAAUGUCCAUCCUGGAACGACUAGAGCAGAUGGAGCGAAGGAUGGCUGAGAUGGCUGGCCAGCAGCAGGGCAAUGGAGCAACUGGAGGUGCAGGAGCCGGGGGAGGAGGAACAGGGGGAGGUGGAAAUGGAGCAAACAGUAGUAGCAGCCAGUCUCAAUGUCUGUCAGGCCAGAGCCAGGCGGGCAGCUCUUUUGAGAGCCGUGUGGUGGUUGUGUGUGAGAAGAUGAUGAACCGUGCCUGCUGGGCAAAAUCCAAACACCUGAUCCACUCCAAGACUUUUCGGGGAAUGACCCUGCUCCACCUCGCUGCCGGCCAAGGCUAUGCCACACUCAUCAAGACGCUUAUCAAAUGGCGCACUAAGCAUGCUGACAGCAUUGAUCUGGAGUUAGAGGUGGAUCCACUUAAUGUCGACCACUUUUCCUGUACACCCUUGAUGUGGGCAUGUGCUCUGGGUCACCUCGAAGCAGCAGUAGUUCUGUACAAAUGGGACCGAAGAGCUCUGGCCAUCCCAGACUCUCUGGGCCGCCUGCCCUUGUCCAUCGCUCGCUCCCGAGGCCACACCAAACUGGCGGAGUGUCUUGAGCAGCUCCAGAGAGAGGAGCAGCAUCAGCAGCAGCCCCCUUCCUCACGCAUGGGCUUUACCUCUAACUCAGACGCUCCCAGCUCUGACAACUGGAUGGUUAACUGGACCAGUGAGAGCAUAGUGGCUCCCAAUGUGCACAAGAGUGGCACAGCCAAUACUGCUACAACCAACACCUCAGGCAACAUCACUUCUGAUUUGAGACGACCCAGAUCUGAGCCCUCCAAUUACUACAGCAGUGAGUGUUCACAGGAUCUCCCCGCCGCUAAAAAACACAAACCCAAUCCAGAGACGGCUCAGACACGGCCAAAUAAAGCCAUCUCAGUUCCUCUGAGUCUGGAGCACCAGCAGCUCCACAAGAUCUCCACCAGCCCAAACACCCUCCCAACAGAAACACCCUACACUGAGCAAAACAAAGCCAGUGUUGAAGGCACCAAAAUCGGCAGCAUCUCACAGACCAAGCUUGGCUCCUUUCGCGGAGGGGGGCAUAAGUGGGGUUCCAGAGAGGUGUACAGGAAGGUAUUAGGAGGAGGUGGAGGAAGCAGCAUGGGGAAGGAGAAACUGGCAGGCAGGCUGCGUCAACGAGGCGAGAACCUCAGCAUGAUGACCAUGACAGACAGAGAAAUGGUGGACACUGAGCUGCUGUCAUAUAAGGAGGAUUUGGAGAACCAAGACUGCCUCUCACACAUGGAAGAUCUUCAGGCGAAUAUGAUGACUUUGGCGGAGCACAUCAUAGAGGCGACACCAGAGCGCAUUAAGAGGGAGAAUUAUGCAGCUGUGGAGUCUGUGCCUCUGGAUAGCAGUGGGCUAAGCAGCACUAUGAGCUGGCUGGCUACUUACCUGGGAGAUGUUGAGCAGCUUCCCAGCAUCAUCCAUCUAAGGUCCCUUUAUAGUGAACCCCUGACCCAUAACCCUGGCCUGAGCCCAGAUGGAUCCCCCGUGAGUAAUGGUCCAUUUGAAAAGGCCUCCCUGCCCUCUCCAGCUGACUGGACAGAGUUCCUGAAUGCCUCCAACAGCAAGAUGGAGCGUGAACUUUCCCAGCUAACCCUCACUGACGUGGAGCAGAGAGAGCUGUAUGAGGCUGCUCGGCUGGUGCAGAGCGCCUUCCGAAAGUACAAGGAACGCCCACUGCGCGAACAACAGGAAGUAGCAGCCGCUGUCAUUCAGCGCUGUUACAAGAAAUACAAGCAGCUAACAUGGAUAGCCUUAAAGUAUGCACUUUAUAAGAAGAUGACGCAGGCCGCCAUCCUUAUCCAGAGUAAGUUCCGGAGCUACCACGAGCAGAAGAAGUUCCAGCAGAGUCGGAGGGCGGCCGUGCUGAUCCAGCAAUACUACCGUAGCUACAGAGAGUUCCGUCAGCUCCGGCCUUACAGACGCACCGCCACCUCGGUCCUGGUGCAGCACAAGCUCAGCAGUAGUUUUCUCACCAAGCGGCAGGACCAGGCUGCCCGUAAAAUCAUGCGAUUUCUCCGCCGCUGCCGCCACAGCCCCUUGAUGGACCAUAGACUGUUUCAACGGAGUGAGAGAAUUGAGAAAGGCCAAGGAACAUGAGAGGAUCUAGAAGAGCCCCCUCACAAUGUGACACCCCAGUCCGGAUUAUUUUUCCAGUUUUUUUUUUUUUUUUUCUGCCAGACUUUUUACAAGGAUGAAGGAAGAAUUUAGUGGAAAGCAUAAACCUCUUAACUCUGCAGUGCUACUGACCUCUGCUACUAUUCAAGUCCACUUUUCAUAUCUCUUUAUUCCUUCUGUCUUUCUUUUAUGAGGGAAAGAACUGACUUUUAUGGAUUAAAAACUGAAGUGGAUGAUUGAAGAAAGAACGUGCUUUAUGGCAUUUCUUUGCACUUUUUAAUGAAUGUUUGUUUGUUUUUUUUGAGAGAGAGCAUCAAACCUUUGCUGCUGGUUAAAAAAUGAAUUAGAACACAGACUUACAUUGUUCUAUUAUUCACUGAAGACCCACUGAAGGAUAAAUGAAGGGAUGGAGAAGGAAAAAAUCUGCAUUGUGUAUCAAAUUUGUGUGUAGAAACCUUGUAAGCCAUGUUUUGUUAUUUUAAUAAUGUAUUGAUCCAUUUUUGCACAUCAUUUAGCUGCACCCCAUCAUAUUAGGAGGAUAUGAAGCAGACAAUGAAUGUACGGGAAGGGGUGUUAGUCCAGUAGAAGGAUGUUCAACAUUAAAAUGAAUGUUGUUCAUCCUUUUCUUUUUUUCUUUUGUAUGCUUAAUUUGCUGGCUGACUGGACGUUACACUGGUCUAAAUAGUUCAAUUCUAAUAAGCAAAAUCAAUGCAAGUGUGAAACCAUCAUGUCUGGGCAAAACAUUGUUUAUGUCUGUUUAUGCAAUUUGUUUUUAACCCCCUCAACAUAACGCAGAUCAUGAUUACCAUGCAUUUUUACUGGCCAUGUUGUUUUUUGUUGUGUAAAUGUGUUCUGGACAUUUUGGUUAGUGUCGUGAUAGUCAUUGAUGCUAUUAUUUUAUUUUAAUUUAUAAAUGUUCAUUGGCUCAUUAGCCAGCUGAAAAAAGCUCACAUACAUUGCCUUGAUAUCUUAGAGACUCUCUAAAGGGUCCCUAAGCUAAGCUAGCCCUGUAGCACGGGUUAGAAAAAUUCAUAUUUUUGAGGAUUGAUUGGUUUCUGUACAUAAAGAGGGUUGAUGGGACAGUAUGUGAGUUAAAACGUUUAUCUGAACAGGACUGUAUUUUAGAAAUAUAUUAUUUUAUUCAUUCUAAUGGGUCAAAACAGGUUGAAGUUAAAAUCUGAAUAUUUGUAUAGUUUUGUUUGAAUGCCUAACAAGUAUGGUUGUAUUGUUUGUAUAUAUUGUAAAUACCUGGGAUAAGCUAUGUGCAUGAAAAUCAAGGAAACAAAAAAGACGAUUUAAAAACGCAUUAGUGGCUAUGCUCUGUAAAACAAUUUCACUAUACGAGUAUUUUAUUUUACUUUAAAUGUUCUCGAGAAGAACGUUUUGCUGAAGCAUGAACUUAUUGCAAAUAUGAAAAAUACUGUAUGUUUAAGGUAGAAGAAAAUAGCAUUAUCAUGAGACAGAAAGGUUUUGUUUACAUUUCUUUGUUUUUCGGGCCACCAAGUGUUUUUUGCCAUUGGUGCCAAGUAAUGUGAAUGAUACUACUGCUAACCAUGAACAUUUUAUUCAUUUUAGCUGGACAUUAAAACGGAAUAACAUUAAUUCAUUACAUUUUAUUCCCACAUCUUGGAAAAUACAAAAUAGUGCCACAGAAAGUGAAGUAACUAAUAAGUAGUUUUUCAGAUUUCCUGUCUACUCUUUAUUGCUUUUUUUACUUUUAGAUUUUCAUCUUGACAAAAUGAAAAUAGUAGACCAUAUUCUUCCACAGAAUAGUAAAACUACAGUGUUUCUGUUUGAUUAUUAUGUUAACUAUGACCUCUUUAAAUCUAAAAUGCACACUGAAGAGAAGUAGGUUUUUUUCUGAUGAUGAUGAUGGUCAUUUUGGUGCUAUAACAAAUGUAACAGGAUCUUAAGAAACACCCAGAUUGUAAAAGCUAUUUUGUACUUUGGGACUAAACCAGCUGUUUGCACAUCUAGGCUUUCCACUACACAGUACGCACUGCUGAGUCUGUAUUUAGAAAAGUAAGAAAGCUUAAUUCUUGAGAUUACAAAAAUAAAUAUAAAGCAUUUUAAAAUUCCUGUUUCAAACUUUGGCUACUAUACAACAAACUGGGACAAUGCGUUUAGUCUGAGUUGACCAACACUGCCUCAUGUAAGCACAUGAAUUUUAAAAGUUCUGAAUUUUAAAGUAAUUCUUUUAAAACGUUGUUUAAAUGAAUUAAAUUAGUGAGCCUCAUGCUCAAUUCAUAAUGGACACGCAAUAAUAAAUAUAGGCCCAAUAAAGUACAGUAUGUAGGUCUGCUGCCAUCUGGUGGCCAAGUGUUGUAAUUACAUGCCUUAUGGCCAGAACACUAAACACGGGGGGCCGAACUCACCUGACAGCCUGGAUCUGUAUUUUACAUUCGUGGGUGUGUGACAGUUUUUCUUUUUAGACAAAAUAUCAUAAUUAACUAAUAGUAAAAAUAUUUAUAAUGGCUAAUAUGAAACCAUCCUAGUGUAACAUCUACUGUGAUAGCUACUGCAGUUAGUUAUUGACCAGUACUGAGGGCUUUCAUAUUGGUAAUGUGAUCUAAGUUGGACGAACUGGAUCAGUGCAUACCCAAAGGUAGAAUUCAAUACUAGAAUAAUGGCACACAAAUAUAUUUAAUUAAUGUUAUUAAAUGCAUUGCUAUGCAUUUUUUUCUGUAAAUGCAUUAAGUGUUAUAACAUUUGGGAUGUGGUUUUUUUUACAGAUUUAUGUGCAUUUUUUAUUUUGUGUUUUUAUUUUGUUUCAGUGUUUAUGUGGAAAGUGCCUAAUAUUGUAAUAUCAUCAAAUUUUGCACCACAUGCAGUGUAAAAGCAGAUAAGUCCUGUAAGGCUGACUCUGUCUCCACUGUACUAGGGUUCAUUUGUGCUACUGUUUUUUUUCCAGAUAUUUGUUAGCCUUUGUUAAACCCAAGGAGUUUAGAAUUCACAGUUUGUAUAUCUAAAGUCUUUUAGAACUGCCAGUUGAAACUGUAUGGAUUGCACACUUGGUCCCAUGGAUAUUGUUUUGACAUUGUUUAUUGUUCUGACAUUCUUAUUCAGUCUGGAAGUGGUUUAGGUUGUCAGCACUAAGCAACUCAAGCUUCUUAUAAUGCCUGCAUGGGAAACAUAGAUAACCGGGUGCAUAAGCGCCCACAGCAUGCUUAUUUUUGUAGAUUUGUCAGUCUGGCUGACUUGGUGAAGAAGUAAUAAAGUAAAGCAUUGUUGGUUUAGUACCUCAUAGAACUUAAAAUAAAUGGCAGAUAAAUAAGAGACCUACAAGGAAGAUGGCACACAUUCUCAAACGAGGUUUAGUUUUUGUUAAGUUCAGUUCAGUCUCACUUUGUGUAACUUUCCGUGACAUAAAUGGGCAAACUCAACACAUUCACCCAACGCACAGCAGUAAUGUUUCUACAUGAAACAUUUUGAGUGUCCGUUGUACUUGCAGGCAGUUAAAACCCACAACCUCUUAAGUAAAUCUUCUUGCAGAGUGAAGAGCUUUUGUAUUUUUACUCAGGGUGCAAAAACUGGGAGGUGGAAAGUGGAGCAGGUCACUGGAAAAUUAGCUGCUGGGAAAAUGAGUCCAUGCUUGAUCUUGAUCAAUUACUGUGAUUUUGAUUGUUACAUGCUGUUCAACAUAUUUACCAUGAGUUGAUUUAUUGUACCACAGAAAUUACCUCUGUCCUCAAACCCAGAAACAAUGGCGAUUCAGUUCUCUAAUCCACAGUAGAGGGGGUGAAAUCUGAUUAAGAAGAAAGCUAAUUAGUUCUGUAUUAGCAACAAUCCUGUAUGUGCUGACAUUUCAGACUGACACACUGCCAUUGAUAGAUGUAGAUUAUUUUUUAAAAAACAGCAUUGACCUUAUUUUUAUGUACUGCGUUUUCUUUUCUCUGACCUUUUUAUUUACUUUGUAGGGCAAGGGUGCUUGGAAAAUGUUAGCAUGACCGUGGGCACACAGGGCAAACAGUUCAAUCUGAAAUGUAAAAAAGAUUGUUUAAAGUUUUUCAUAAAAAAUGAAUGAAAGUUUAGCUCAUGGACAUCCAGCCAAAAUAAGCUUUUUAUUCUAUUCAUUUCUGAGACUACCUUCCCUCCGCAUCCGUUAGCUGCACUCAAAGGAGAGUAUAUAGAGGUCACUGACCUGAAAACCCGUCUCACAGAGCAAUAAACGUGUUUUAUGAAGUCGAGAUGCAGAUCUAAUGGUGAUCAAAACAAUUGGACUCAUGCAGUUGACUUACGCUUAUGCAAACGCCAGUAGGCUGGUGUGAGAUCAGUGUUUAGUAGGCCAAGAUAAGGACAGCACUUAUAGGAUACCCCUCACCAACCUGCACGUUUUCAUCACUCCCAAUUUAAAAAAAAUAGAAAAACAGCAGCCCUGCUUUUAUUCCAGGCCCCUGGGGCCCUUGACACUUUGCAUGUACAACUAGUGUUAGAGCUUUUUUUUCCUCUCUAGCUGUCUUUCCCUGCUAUGUAGCCCUCGUCCUUCCCUUUCCCAGACCUGUUUACUUGUAUAUUUAUUUUAGUAUUUGUGUAAUAAAGCUGUUACAUUUUGUUUCUUCCCUCCCUAUUUAAGUAUUUAAGUUUUGUUUUUGUAUUUGUGCAUGUAAAACCAUCACUGAAUUGAUGGGUAUGUUAAAAAAGAGAACUCAGCUGCUGAAGCCAUGCAAAAUGUUUUGAAUUGCCCUAAAAUAUGAAAGAUGUUUUCUGAAUGCUUUAUAUUCUGCUGUAAAAUAAUAAAACGGGAGAAAAUGAAUGAACAA